CCCGCCCGGCUUCCUCUUUCUCCGGCCGGCAGCCGCGCCGGGUCUGCCGCGCCCAGGGGCCCCCGUCGGGCCGAAGCGCCGCCGCAGCCAUGCAUACCCCGGCUCAACCGGCAGCCGCCCCGCUGCCGGGAGGGGCCGUCCUGAUGAACGGGGCACCCCUGGAGCGGGUCCCCCCGUCUCCUGCCAGUCCAGCCCAGAGCCAGCUGUCCUUCCAGAUCCAGCCGGUGACCCCGGUCCCUGAGCCCAGCCAGCCCCGGGGGACGUGGGGAGGGAAGUACGAGUUCCUCCUCUCCUGCGUCGGGUACUGCGUGGGACUGGGCAACGUGUGGAGGUUCCCGUAUCUCUGCUAUCGCAACGGGGGCGGGGUGUUCCUGAUCCCGUACGCCAUAAUGCUUCUCUUCACUGGGCUGCCUCUCUUCUUGAUGGAGCUGAGCCUGGGCCAAUAUGGCGCCGCAGGACCCAUCACCGUCUGGAAGUGCUGCCCCCUCUUGAAAGGGAUUGGGAUCGGAAUGCUGCUGGUCUCCUCGCUGGUCUCUCUCUACUACAACAUCAUCAUUGCCUGGACCUUCUAUUACCUGGGCAUGUCUUUGCAGAGCCCCCUGCCCUGGUCCUGCGAUGCCCCACAGAACGCCCACCUCUGCCAGUUGCAGAACGAAUCCUGGGCCAACGCCUCUCGAGUCAGCGCCAGCGAAGCCUUCUGGAACGAACAGGUCCUAGGCGUGGUCCACAGCACCGGCCUGGGCGACCCUGGCCCCGUGAGAUGGCCGCUGGCUCUGUGCCUGCUGCUUGCCUGGCUGGUCAUCUUUCUGUGCAUGCUCAAGGGAAUCCACAGCUCAGGAAAGGUGGUCUACUUCACAGCGACCUUCCCCUACAUGGUCAUUGUGGUGCUGAUCAUCCGAGGAGCCACUCUGGAGGGAUCCAUCGAGGGUGUGCGAUUCUACCUCUCCGCAGACUGGAGCCGGCUGAGCAGUGCUCAGGUCUGGAACGAUGCUGCCUCACAAAUCUUCUAUUCCCUUGGCAUUGGCUUUGGGGGGCUCCUUUCUAUGGCUUCCUACAACAAGUUUGACAACAAUGUGAUCAGGGACACCUUGGUCAUCGCCAUUGGCAACUGCUGCACCAGUUUCUUCGCCGGCUUCGCCAUCUUCUCCAUCCUGGGCCACAUGGCUUGGCGGAAGAAGGUCCCUGUGGGGGAAGUGGCAGAUUCAGGUCCAGGUCUGGCUUUCGUGGCCUACCCAGAAGCCCUUGCUUUGCUGCCGGGAUCGGCCUUCUGGUCCAUCCUCUUCUUCCUGAUGCUCUUCACACUGGGAGUGGACACCUUGUUUGGGAACAUGGAAGGCAUCACGACGGCAGUGAUGGACGAGUUCCCUUCGCUUCGUGACUGGAGGCGCAAAGCCGUCUUCCUGGGGCUUCUCUGCUUUGCCUUCUACCUUCUGGGGCUCCUGCUAAUCACAGAGGGCGGCAUCUACUGGUUCACCCUCAUGGAUUCCUACAGCACCAGCUUUGGGCUCAUCAUCAUCGCCCUCUUCAUGUGCCUAGGAGUUACCUUCUUCUACGGCAUCAACAAGUUCUGCCAAGACAUCGUGGACAUGAUCUGCCGCUGCCCACCCUGGUGCAGCCAGCUGGUGCUGUACUUCAAGGCCUGCUGGGUGGUCUUCACGCCAGGGCUCUUGCUGUUCAUCCUCUUCUACAUCUUCCUGGAUCUGUCCAGCACGACUUUGCAUUACGGCACUUACCAAUAUCCCCCUUGGGGAGAGGCUCUGGGCAUCUGCAUGGGGGUCUUGACCUGCAUCCAGAUCCCUCUCUGGGCAGCCAUCGCCCUCUUCAAGGAGUCGGGGACCCUGGCAGAUCGUUUCAGGAAAGCCAUCCGCCCUCUGAACUCCUGGCGCACUGCCAGCAGCCGAGACGCGUCUCACGAGAUCAUCGAUGUCCCCUACACGGUGAACCUGACGGACAACGACUUCACGGGGGGCUGGCAGCCGCCGCACAGCGACGAAGCAUCGAUCUGUGGGUGAACGGAGCCGCGGUUGUCCGCCUUCGCCAACAGCAACCGCCCAUCUCGACUUCCUUGGGACAUCCCCAUCAUGGCAUUGGGGAAGCCCUGCGGCUGUUUGCCAAGGAGAGUCUGAGCCGGGGGCCAAACUCUUCAUUGCAAGGCCUGCCUAGGGCUUCAGAGCUCUUUUCCCUACGUAACAGGGAGGUGGCCAAGGGCUGGCAGGACUCUUCCAGACCCUGCUGUGGCAACGUCGGUGCCAUCUGCCAGCCCUGCUGGGCUCACAAACGUGGCAGGCUAUUGCUGUCUCCAAGAGCUCCUCCAACUCAACGGAUGGCUUGCCAAGGAGGUGCCACUCGCUCGAGAGGCCGGGUCCCAGCCAGUCUUUCUGGACUGGCGAAGCGUUCCUCUCUCUCUCAUUUUGACACCUGACUCUCCAGCCAGGAAGAAAACAAGCAGGACAUUGUCUGCUGCAGAGCAGCAGGAAAACCUUGGGCUGCUUCCUCCUUUGUGCCCCGUCAUUCUUCCUUGCUCCCUCUUCCCUCCUCUCGCCCCCAUUGCUGAAGUGGCCCAAGCAGAUGGCCAGUGGAGGGCUGGGUUUCGACCAGAUGUU